AGUUGAGAGCCGUCUGUGUGUCGGGACUUUGAGCGCUGUGUGUCUUUUGCAUUACAGAUACAGAACCGUGUGUGUGUGUGUGUGUGUGUGUGUGUGUUGUGCUGUGUUUCGCUUUCUGGAUUGUGAGUGUGUGUGCCGAGUUGUGUUUUAGAGACGUGUUUGUGUGUGUGUGUGUGUGUGUGUGUGUGUAAUAUCCCUCAACAUUGGACUAUUGGACGAUAUCAGCUCUGGAGAACAGUGGAGUGCGUUUUGGAGCUGUAUGUGUGUGUGUGUGUGUUUGUGUGUGUGUGAACCCGUGAAGUGUGUUUGUGUGUGUGUGUGUGUGUGUGUGUGUGUGUGUGUGUGUGUAAGUGUGUGUGUGUGUGUGUGUGUGUGUGUGUGUUUGUGUGUGUGUGUGUGUGUGUGUGUGUGUGUGUGUGUGUUUUUGAUAUCUUUCACUAUUGGACUGUACCAGCGGAUUUCGAUUGUUUGUGGACGCUCUCUCUCUUCCUUUUAUGUAUUUUCUUUUUUUAUUAAGACUUUUUAUUUGUUUAUUUAUUUUAAUUUGUUUAUUUAUGUCGUGGCGUUUUUCGUUUACUGGUGAGAGAUGUUGUCGCUGCGUAGACUCCGUUCUCGGAGGAAGUCUCGAAACUCAGACAAACAGCUGGGCAUCAAGGAUUCGGAGUCCCUUGACAGCGUAAUCGAGGGGGUCUUGUCGCCCCUGUUCCCCCCCCUCUCCGCCUCGGGGCCCCCCCUCCUCUGGCAGCUGUUCGGGGUAGUCGAGAGACGUUACCACGGCGACGCGCUGCGCUGCCUGCUGGACUUCCUGCUUCCGGCCAAGAACAUACUGGGCACGCUCAGAGAGAGCGGCCAGGCGCGCUAUAAGGGUGUCCAGCUGUACCAUCCAGGAUGGCCUCUCUGUCUGGAUGAGAAGGUGGUUGUUCAACUUGGCCCACUGCACAAGGUGCGUCUGCGUCCGGGUGAUUUCUACCUGCAGCUGGUGCCGCUGGGUUCUCGGCAGGUGACGCUGGUCCUCAAGUGUCUGUGUGUCAGGCAGGAAGUGCCUGGUGCGUUACAGGAAGUAGCCGUGCCACCGGGCAUGCUCAGUAGCGUCUUCACGCCGCGCUUCCCCGACCUCAUCAGCUCACUCCUACGAGACCAACAGGUCCAAAGGGGCCAGCAGAGGGAGAGAGUUCAGCCGAGCGACCGGAGCCAUCGGACCCGCCCGGACCAACACCAGCACCAGAACCAGCACCAGAACCAUCUGAGAGACCGGACCACUGGGCUGCAAACGAACCACAGGGACCAGUCCAGAGACACACUCACACUCACACACACACUCACACACACCCCUGACGCCCCUGAUCCCCGUGCCUGCCCCCCCCACGAGCGUCCGGUGCCCCCCCCGGUGCCCCCCCUGAGCAGCGUGCUCCUCUCCUCGGGCACCAGUGUGUUCCGAACCCCCUGGAACAACGUCUGCAUUCCACUGCUGGUCACGGACCCCCCCUCGCCCUCGCCCUCACACACACACGCGCGGCCACACGCACACGCGCGCCCACACACACACACACACCAACACUCACACUCCCCGCCCGGUCACACACACGCUCACACACACGCCGCGUUCCGAGCCCAGCUGUCCGCGUGCAGCACACACGGGUCCACGGGGACUCUGGACUCCACUGGACGCCAGACCGACACACACACACACUCACACUCGCACUCGCACUCGCACUCACGCGUACACACACACACACACUCACACACUCCUGUGAGGGGGCGUAUCCACUCGGCCGGAACACUGGAGUCCUUGACGUCCUCGCGGGACUCUCUGCAGUCGCACGCCUCACACGACUCCACCGCGUCCGAGCCCGUCAGGCGCACGCACUCACACACACACGAGCACUCGCACGCGCACCACCCCGACUCACACUCACACACACCAGCUCACACACACUAUCACGACUCGCACACAGCACACACACAUCACCCUAACACACACACUCAUCGCUCCUCCUCACACACUACUCUGUCGACCGGCUCUGUCCAAGCAGCGCGGACGAUGGACACACACACUCUCUCCAUGGACAAGGGCGUGUGUUUGGACAAGGGUGUGUGUUUGGACAAGGGUGUGUGUUUCAGCUCGGACGUGUCGCUGCCCCCUACUCCUCCUCCUCCUCCUCCUCGCCGCCGCUCCAUGAUGAUGCGGGGGGGGUUCUCCUCUCUUAACCCCUCCCCCUCUUCCUCCAUAAGCCCCUCCUCUUCCUCCCUAAGCCCCUCCUCUUCCUCCUUCUCUGCGCGGCGCCUGUUCCGCCAGUCCUAUAUGGAGGCUCUGCAGAACCCCAUGGCCCUCGGAUCCAGCACCGAGUCCAUCCUGGACGAACCCCCCCGCGCCAGCAGCCCCACUCCUCCCCCCCGGCCACCGCGAGUCCCGUUGUUGCCAAGGAGACUGCCCCCUCAGGAGGCCGACGCCCCCUUAAGCCCCUCCCCCGAGCUGCGGCCGCGCUCCAAGUCCCUGGAACGGACCAAUCAAAUCGUCUCGUCUCUGGAACGAGCCAAUAGGCUGAUGACCUCGCCGUCUCUAAGCCCCGCCCACCGUACGCGCUCUUCCUCUGGAGGCUCCUCCCACUUCCCCCCGCGGAGACUCCUCAACGGACACACGGCUCACACACACACACCACACACACCACACUCACCACACACAUCACACACGCCACACACACCACACACACCACACACACCACACACACCACACACACCACACACCCCCCAGCCGGUGUCCACCAGCACCCCUCCCCCCCACCUCCGGAGGAGCAGCCUGAGGGACGACAACACAGAAGCCAAUGAGAGUCCCGGCCUCUCUGGUUACCGUAGAAACAGCCAGAGCAGCGACGAGCAGCUGUCCACGCCCACACACAAGCCACACCCAGCCACAACUAAACCCCUCCCACCCAGCAUGAAGCUCCUCCCACCAUGCCUUGAGGAUCUCAACAAGGAACUGCUCACAUCAGGAGCCAUCACCCUAUUAGGUAACCGCGAUCGCGGGGGUCGGCUGCUGCUGCAGGUGUGUUUACGGAACUCUGUCUGGACCGACACACACGUCACACACACACACCUGACCAACGUCAUGGCCUACCUGUGCUACACACUCAGGAGAGAGCGUAGAGAUCACGGUCUGGUGGUUUUGGUCGACGGGCGACGAUGUCAGAAUCUCACACAGACCAUGAACACACUCCGCACCGCCCUUGAGGACCUACAGGCUCCCCUGUCGUGCGUGCUGGUGCUGGUCGAUAGGGAGUGUGUGUAUCGGCCUCAUACAGAACUCUCCUUCCCCUGUGAGGUGGUGUACUCCUGCAGGUCUCUGCUUCGCUACAUUGAGGCGUCUCAGUUGCCGUUGGAGAUGGAAGGAAGCUACACACACGGAAUACAGCAGCACCUCAACUACCUGGCCUUUAGAGAGAAGAUUGAGCCGUUUGCCUCCAGCUGCAGUGAAGCCGUCGCCUCUCUACAGAACACCAUCGCCUCCCUCACACACACACACACCCUGGACACCGCACAGGAGGUGAUGGCGGUGAUCGCUGAGCGUCGUCUCCAGAUGAAGAGUGUGUUGGAGGACGAGAGGCUGAACCAACUCCGAAUGGAGGGAGGAACCUUUCUGGCACGCAUACGCAAAGAGGAACUCUGGGACAGGGAGGCUGUGGAGCGGGUCUCCUCUCUGUAUGAGCAGCUGGAUGAGGCGGUCCACAGGGUGUUUAUCCUGGAUGAGACGGUCCACAGGGUGGUGAUCGAGUCCAAUAGAAUUCUACAGCAGCUGCAGGCGACGCUACACACACGCAGAACACACGAGGACAACGCACAGAGGAGGCGGGACCUGGAACACUUCAUCACCCAAUCAGAGAGGGAGGCUGCGCUCCUGAUGGAAUCUUCAGAGGAUUCUCUUGGCUCCGCCCAUCGGAACCUGAAGGACCUGCAUGUCUCCGUGGCAACGCGCUGCGUGAGGCGUAGAACACAGCUGGACACACUCCAGAACCUCUACGAGUUCUACGACGUGGCGGAGGGCUGGCUCUCUCGCUGUGAGGAGCGACUGCAGGAGACGAAGAGAGAUGGAGGAGAAGAGGAGAGAGGAGGAGAGAGAGGAGGAGAGGGAGGAGUGGUGGAGGCUGAGAGGGAGAGGUUUAGCGCCCUCUGGAGGCGAUGCAAGCAGACACACACUCAGCUGAACAAGGUCAUCGACACACAGCGGAACAACACCCUCACACACACACAGCUAAACGACACCCUCACACACACACAGCUAAACGACACCCUCACACACACACAGCUAAACGACACCCUCACACACACACAGCUAAACGACACCCUCACACACACACAGCUAAACGACACUCUCACACACACACAGCUAAACGACACUCUCACACACACACAGCUGAACGACCCUGAGACAGAAACACAAAAUGACAGUGAGCUCACACACACAAACUCACACACACCUCAUGUGAGUGUUGCAGUACUUCCACUGCACACUACACCUGUGCUGCCCCCUGGUGAUGUGCAGCGGGAUAGCAGCCGCCUGUCAGACUCCCUUCCUCUUCCUCCUCAAGCUACUCUUCCUCCAGAUAGCCCCUCCCCCUCUCAGGUCAGCUCAGCUGAUGAUUGGCCAGAACACCCGUCCGUCUCCAGGCCACACCCCCUAUCCGCCCUGACGCCUCCAGGCUCCUCCUCCUCCUCCCCAAGCCACUCCCCUUUCCCGCCCAAGAGGGAGAGCGGCUUCCGGAUCCGGACGGCAACGACGCCGUCGCAUUUUGAUGACAUCACGACGCCAUUGCACUUUGAUGACACAGACAGCGACUGUACGAUGGACUCCUUCAGUUCGAGCCAAUCAGAACCGACCUGGAGAGGAGCAGGAAGAGAGAGACGCGUACCGGUGAGGAAGAUGAUGAGGAAGACGAGCAGUUACGAGGCCACGCCCCCGAGAGACGUGAUUGGCCAGCUGCUGCCCGGGAGGGGCUACAGUGGAGUGCAGAUCCGAGGCUUGGAGGUGGCCAAUCACGUGUCAGUGGAGCUGGAGAGGACCAAUCAGAGCCCAGGAGAGAAGAGGAGUCCCGCCUUCAUCCUCACGCGCAGCCAGAGCCUCUCGGGCCCGCCCAGAGCACACACACACACUCACACACACCUGGACACAGACAACAGGACUCACAACAGCAAGGUACAGCACAUCGUGCGUGAGAUGAUCGUGACGGAGCGCGAGUAUGUGCGGUCGCUAGGAUACGUUCUAGAACACUACUACCCUGAGCUGGAGCGUUCCGACGUUCCGCAGGAGCUCCGUGGGAAACGCAGUGUUCUAUUUGGGAACCUUGAGAACCUCUGGACAUUCCACACGCAUCACUUCCUCUCCAACCUGGAGACCUGCUCACACACACCCCUCGCCAUCAGCCAGUGCUUCCUGUCACACGAGGAGCAGUUUGGCAUGUACGCGCUCUACAGUAAGAACAAGCCGCGAUCAGAUGCCCUUCUGGCCAGCCACGCGAACCGCUUCUUCAAGCAUAAGCAGCUGUUGCUAGGCGACCGUAUGGACGUGGCGUCAUACCUCCUGAAGCCCAUUCAGCGCAUGAGUAAAUACGCCCUGCUGCUGAAGGACCUCAUCGCAGAGAUCAGCCAAUCAGAGCUCUCCAUCACCCGCACCAGCGAAUCACCUGCCUCCACGCAGCCCGAGCCGGCCAACCAGCAGGAGCUGCAGGAGCUAAGCUCCGCCCUGGAGAUGGUGACCUUCCAGCUGCGGCAUGGCAACGACUUGCUGGCCAUGGACGCCAUCAGAGGAUGUGAUGUGAACCUUAAGGAGCAGGGUGCGUUGUGCUGCCAGGAGGAGUUUGUGGUGUUUAGCGGCCGCAGGAAGUUACAUCGUCGCGUCUUCCUGUUCGAGGAGCUGAUUCUGUUCAGCAAGACCAAGCGCACCGAGGGCAGCUACGACACAUACCUGUACAAGCAGUCAUACAAGACGGCGGAGAUCGGCAUGACGGAGAGUGUGGGCGACAGCGGUCUGAGGUUCGAGAUCUGGUUCCGGCGCCGCAAGUCCCAGGACACGUUCACACUGCAGGCACACACACCUGAGGUCAAACACACCUGGACACACACACUCGGGAACAUACUGUGGACACAAGCACUACGCAACAGAGAGCUGCGUCUCCAGGAGAUGGUUUCCAUGGGGAUGGGAAGCAAGCCUUAUAUGGACAUCACGCCUAGCGACGCAGCCAUUAGCAACCGCGCGGUGGACCGCAAGAACUCAGACUCGAGGGUGCCGCGCGCGUCGGUGCCGUGUGUGUCGGUGUGUGAGUCCAGCGCGGCGUUCAAGCGCCCCCACUCCACCAUCUCCACCUCCUCCUCCACCUCCUCCUCCGGAAGCCGCUCUUCUGCAUCGGUGCUCGGACCCCUCACACACCUCCACCCCACACACACACACACCUCGCUACACACUCCACAACACACACCCCUAACCACGGCGCCUCUCCACCCCACACACACAUACACACACUCCCCCCUCUCGCGAAGCCCCGCCCCCAGCCCAUCUCUAAGCCCCGCCUACUGGCCUUACGACUGCAUCGAGGAGGACGAACUGGAACUGGAGACCACUGUCAAGCCCUCCUCUUCCUCCACGUCCUCUGACAGCAUCAGUGUCAGCAGUUCCAUCACUCUCUCGGCCAGCUCAACAGAUGCCCCUCCCUUGGCAACGUGUCCCGCUAUCUCAUUGGCUGCAAUAGCAACAAGUCCUGCCACGUCAUUGGUUACCUCGGCUACAGAUGCCACGCCCACAUCUAGCUGCCAGGUGUCCUCUUCAAAAGAAGCUCCACCCACAAUCCCUCUUCGCGCCUCUUCACUGGACGCUUCCUCUCCAGAUAUCCCGCCCAUGUCCCCGCCUCCUGCUUCCUCAUUGGCUGUGCCACUCCAGGCCCCUCCCACUUCCUCUCUGCUGCACCGCAGAGGGGUGGAGCUACACGAGAGCAACAGCACCUACAUCACAGCACUCUGAAAUUUGGACAUCCUGAUACAUUCUACACAUCAUGGACUGACUGAUGGAUUCCUGAAUGGUGAUUGGCUGAGGAAGCAGAAAAUACCAACCAAUCAGAUCACUGCAGAUGUGACAUCAGAAGGGGACAUCACGAGACGCACCGUCAGACGUAUUUUUUUUUUUGUAGAACCACUUAACACAAUCAUGGAAACACUUAUGCACACACACACAAAUACACGCACGCGCGCGUGCACACACACACACACACUGCGUAUUGCAUGUGUGUGCACUUGUCAUAGUGUUACAGCAGGUGCACUGUGUAAUGUUUUUUGUAGCUUAUUUCCAGAAGUGUGUGCUACGGUCGCACCAUUUCAUAAUUUGGUCCUCUUGGGCAGUGGUUCCCAACCUAUGGGUCGGGACCCAACCUAUGGGUUACCAAAGGUCCUCAGUGGGUUGCGAAGCUCUCUUGAUUUUAAGGUGUUUAAUUUUAAUACCAUAUAUAGCCCAUGUUGAAUAAAUAUAUGCAUAGAAGUAACAAAAUGUAAGCGAUACAUUAAACAGUUUUUAUAUUUUACUGAAGACAAUGAAAUGAUAACUAAUGAGUUUUCGCAGGAAACAGAGUAUCGUGGCUCCUUCUCGUGCGGCCGCUCGCGUGAUUGGGUCACCAAAGCUUACAGUGGUAAAAAUAUGGGUCCCUGAAGAAAAAGGUUGGGAACCCCUGCUCUUGGGGAAUAAUAAUUGGAGAAGACCCCACUGUUCCAGACACACACACACACACAUACACGCACACACACACACGCACACGCACACACACACACACACACACACACACACACACACACACACACACACACACACACACACACACACAUAGUCCUGCUGUCUUUAUGUUAUUGGUCUUAGUAUCCUUUUGAAUACAGUAGAGAUGAGUUUUAUUUUAUUGUCACUUACUGUCAACUUCACAUGUAAAAAGACAGUGUUCUCACUGUGUGUGUGUGUGUUUGUGUGUGUGUGUGUGUGUGUGUGUGUGUGUGUGUGUGUGUGUGUGUGUGUGAGAGAGAUGAUACCUGUUUGUGUUUGUCUCUGCCUGUAAACAUGUAAACAUAAACAUGUAAUAAGUAAAUAGUAAACAAGUAAAUAGUAAACGAGUAAGCAACCCCACACUUGUAAUGUGACUUUAUUUGUUUAUGUGUACAGGAAAUAAACAACACCAUGUGACCUUUGUUUAUCUGUUUGUUUGUUUGUUUGUUUGUUUGCUUGUCAACAUGAGUAAACAACAACAUUAUGGAAUAAUCUAAUAUGAAGCAGACAGAGAAGCUGUUUUUUUUUGUUUUUUUUUUAGCAAAACACAUGAAAAUAAUAAUCAUUUUUAAACCAUUUACAUCCUGUGGGUCUGCUGUUCUUAAUCACUGUGUGUCUCCACAUUUAAAAUAUAUAAGAAAUAUAUGUGGUACUCUGUGUGUAUAAAUGUGUGUGUAUUUGUGUAUAUGUGUG